AUUCUUGUAAACACUCGUAUCAGAUCCGUUGUAAUUGCAAUUGAAUUUCUUAUUUACUCGUUCAAACUAUAAUAAUUACAACUAAUAACGCUCAAUGCUAUGCAGUUUAACUCAGGGAAUCGAAGUGAAUAGCACACGGAAGUAAUUCGUUAUUAUUCAAACGCAAAGAAACUAAAGCCAUGAAAAAACAAAAAUGUUUGCUGUUAGAAAUCUGCAUUUUGCUUGGAGUGUUUACACUUGCCUCCACUGAAGUUGUAGAUAUUAAACCAUGUGGCGAUGUCGACGCUUGCACUGUACACGAGGCACGCAUCACUCCUUGCCCAGAGGCUCUGGAACAUAAGGCAUGCCGUGUGAGUCGUCGUCGCGGGGUCAGCGAAAUGUCCUUCGACUUUACGCCCAAUUUUGCUGCAGAGACAUUGGAAGCCGGCUUGGCUUGGCAGAAGAGCGCCACACAGGACUUGCCGUUGAUCACCAUGGAUAAGAAUGCUUGCAAGUAU